AUGCCGGGAAUAACUUCGCGAUUUAUCGAACACCUUGAUCCCGAAGUGCCUCGCACAUCAUCGGACGCGGAUGUGCGUCUCGAAGAGAUUCUCGCAGAGGAAUAUGACCGCGUCCGCAGUUCCAGCUCGUCGACGAACUCUUCGAGUAAAGGGAGCAUGGAGAAAGAGCGCAAAUACGAACUACUUGGAUAUUACAAAAGUGGUCGGCGCCCGUAA